AUGAGUCAUAAAAAUAAAAAUGCUGGUCCCAUCAUCAGCAAUGUGAGUUUGGAAUUCAUCAGAACAGAGAAUAGACCAAACCUCAAGUUGGAUUCCGUGCAAUUGGAAAUCAAUUUCAAUUUCAAAACAUUCACUUUUGAGACUACACCCAAUGUUCUAUUCCACUUUGAUUCUAUUGGUUAUUUAAAUUUUUCAGAUAUUCAUAAAAGAAUCAUCGUUGUACUGAGAGCAACACCAACUCUGUCUCCUACGAUGUCGGAAGUUCAAGGACCGGCCAUCGAAGACUUUACAGAGUUUGCAAGCUUCAAGAAAUACUUGAUUUACUUGCAAACCGAUAAAGAGUAUGUCAACAUUAAGAAGCUUCUUAUCAAAGAGAAUAUCUCUGUGAAAGAUACUGUUGGAAUCUAUGAUGAUUAUUUGUUUGAUAAAGUACUGCAAGCUGAUUUUCUUAGUGUGAAUACUGCAUAUCUUCCAAAAGCAUCAACAACAACAACACCAUUAGCAACAUUAACUAAUAAUAACUAUAUUCAUAAUGAUAACAACAAUAAUCAAAAUAACAACAACAACAAUUACAAUAACAAUUACAAUAACAAUGUCACUAACAAUGGUAAUCAAUAUAAUGCUUAUUUAAAUCAGCCAGCUUCCGCUACGAAAUCACAUGGUGAGAAGAAAGGAUUCUUUGGAAAUUUUUUCUCUGGUAGUACGGAUGCACCAGACAGCUUGGCAAGAAUAAUUGUAGAUUUCCUCGGUGAGAAGAGAGACAAAAAGCGAACACUUGCUACCUAUACUGGCAGACUUUUGAAUGUAGAUAGACUCAACGUUGACCCCAGUGAUUUGCAAUCGUUCGGCGGUGAUCACUAUCUCAGUCAAUUGUCAAGCGGAGGUGUCUACCCAUUGUUUUCUUUUUAUCUUUUGAUUUGUUUAGAUCUUAAUAUGCAUAUUCAAAAUAGAAUCUACUAUUUCAACACUAUCAUUUCGAACAUUCAAGGUGAACUCCAAUUGGAGGGUUUUGGAGACCUCUAUCGUCAGUUUGUUGAAACCAAUCUGGCAAAGCCGGAAUGCCCCGAAUUCUUUAUCAACUUGGGAUUCCGUUACUUGGAUUUCACAACUUUCAGUCAGAACCAGAGUUCCGCCAAACACAUAUUUCACAUGGUAUUAGACAAAGUCGAGCGAAAUCCAUCGGAACUCAAACAUUACUACAAAAUCACCAAAGAAAAGAAAAACUUUUUGAACUUGUAUAUAUCUUGUCGUCAAUUAUUAACCAAGAAAAUCGAUGAUCCAAUUAAGUUUGAAUCAUAUAUGUCAAAUUUCCUUAUUAUAUUGGAUAGUUGUACCGUGUAUUCAGAAACCUACAGUUUCAUUUGGGACUAUUUAAUAAGAGAUGUUGAUGAUUUACCAAAUGAAUUGUUAAUCUAUCGAUACAGAAUCCUAAAGGUGUUGCUAAAUUUCGAGACUUCAUCAAGAGAGAAACUUGGUAGACUGUUAUUCAGAGUGAUGGCUCGACAAGCCGAGUAUUUCUCCAAUGAUUUCGAAUCGUUGGAUCCAAUCAUAAGAUCGAGAAUUCAAAAUAGUCUACAAAUGGUCAUUACUGAAAUGGUUCGUGACAAUAUCAAUUCAAUAUUGCAUCUACUCGAUUAUCCUGGCAUUGCUGGUCUCAUCCAAAAAGGUUUAACUCAGCUAGAUUACAAACUGGUACUUCCCCACAUCAUAAGAAUAUUCAGUGGAAACAACUCGAGCUACGAAAUCCUCCAGCGUAAAUUAGAGGUAUAUAUCACUUCAGUUGAUCUGGCAAGAGUGAUGCUCUAUUGUCCUGCCUAUAGAUUUAAAUACACUCAUGAUCCUAAAGCCAACUACAAAAAUUUGAUAGGAAUAUCGGAUGCAGAGUUUAGUUUUAGAAAAGAUAAAACCAAUGUUGUUCUUGAUACUACAACCUACGAACAAUACUAUCGUUUUUGUAAACAGUUCAUUUCCAAGUUGAUAAAGGUGUCACCACUCUCAUACCUAGAUCAAAUUAAUGUACCACCACCAAACACCCUUCCCUUUAUUCUAUACUUUACUCACUGUCUUGCCAAUAUUCAAAUCGAAUACAACAGGAAUCAAUAUGGAUGGGCCGCAGAUUUCCGAACCGGUAAACUAUGUCAAUUGGCGAUCUUUACAUCCAAUCAGAUCAGACCAUGGCAGUUUGAACACGAUAAUUAUGAUGCUCAUAUUGCAGCUUUUAGAGAAAUCAUAAAUUUCAAAUAUGAUUUCUAUGUAAACAAUUGGAAAAAGGCAAAAGUCGAUGAUUUCAAUACGAUCACCGCUAUUUUGAUAAAGUAUUUCAACUUUGGUCAAGUCCAAACUGCCAAUGACCUCACACUGAAAUUCCAAAAGGAGACUGCAGAGUUGGAAGCGUUGAUCAAAGUCGGUCAUUUCCUAGUCGAUCGAUUCGGUUAUCGCUUACCGAUGUUGCAAGUCGAUCACAGUGAACGCAAGCCAUCGGAUCUAAUAAGUGAGAUUCGAACAUCGAUCAUCAACUCUGGCGCAAAAGAAACACUCAAGGAGGAGACAUCAUUUAAAUUCCUCAAGUACUUCCUCUCUGCCGACAACAAAUCAUUCUUUGAGAUCAUUUUCAACUUCUAUGUCUCUGCCAAAGAGAAGAGCAUCGACGCCUAUGUCAACUCCACCAACAAUUUCAUGAAGAAAUUGAUUGACCAAGAUCAAUCCAUUCCACUCAACAGUAUUUUCCAACAUAUCAUUGAUUCUAAAGAUAUCAAUUAUAAGAAAGAACUUCAAUUAAUGUAUAAAUAUUACUAUCCAGAGCAAAAGUAUGAUGAUAAAGAGGAAUUGUUACAAACCUUUAUUAAUCGUGCAACUUCACUCUAUGGUAUUCAAUUGAAUAUCAUAAAUCUAUAUGAAUUCUUCUCAAAGAAUGGAAAUUAUAUAGUUGUGAACGAUCUCGAUGAAAUAAGAAUGGAAAUUGAUACCACUUUCAAUUCCAUUACCGGUCUAACAAUCGGACAAUCACAAAACUCUCUUGAAAAAGCAACCAAAUUGAUUGGUAAUCUUAAUUAUCAUCAACUCAAGUAUUUCGAUCUGAUCCAUUUCGAUCUAAUCGAAUUCUUUGGUUCCAUUCAAGACAUUGCAAAGUUCAAUGAAGUCAUCACUGCCAAUCUCUUGAAUGACGAGUUCAAUUUGAAUUUGAUGAACAACACCAUCUAUGCCUACGAUAUGUUGCUGCCAUUCAUUCAGUAUCAUGCCACUGCAAAGAAAGCUGGAGUACCAGUCGUAGUCAACAGUCUCACAGAGCUGUGCGAAACCAUUUCGAAAUUGUUACCCGCUUCUCAGUCAGAGUUGGCCAUUUCAUUUGAGAGAAUCGCUUCGGUUAUUUCUCAACUUUCCCACGUCAAAGGUCUCUAUUUGACAGCUGGUGGUACCUAUUCAUCGGAAUCAAUUCUACCGGCAGUCGUUCAGAUCUUGAAAGGAGCGGAAUUCAUCUCGAGAAACACCAAGUCUGAGGAUGGAAUGGUUGGAUGGAUCUUGAAAGUUCAAUCGACCGAAGUAAACAUUGAAUUCACUCGUGAAAAGAUAGAGGAUUUCGUCCAAGGUCUAAAGAUAUCGACAAACGAUCAAAACAACAAACACGCACACACCAUCGAGCAGUUUGAAGAUAUCGUUAAAUUGUUGACAAAUAUCCACCAUUUGCACUGUGAGUUGGAUCGUACUUUCCACACCAAGCACUUUGGUGGUGUCUUGGAUGUAAAGUUCUCGUCGGAGACCAAGUACUUGUUGAACAACAAGGUUGAUGAGCUAAAGUUGGAUCUAGAGUCGUGGACAGACACCAUCAAAAAGCUACCAAAGAGAUUUUGGUUGCUUAGAGCUCAUGGUAUAUCUUCUUUGAUCUCCACCUAUGAGGAAGUUUUGAAAUCCAAUCAGCAGCCAAUCACUGUUGCUACGAUGUCAAAUGCAAUCUACCCUUACAUCAAGUAUUGCUAUCCGGUCUGUGACUUGAGUCUUGCAGUUAUCACUCAAAUCCUAACUGCAUGUCCAGAGCUAUUGACCAAGAUGGAUUGUACAGAGUUUUUAGCUAGUUUGGUUGACAAGAUUGACGAACACGAUUCAAUCAUCGAAGAUAACAGUCGUGAAAGAGGACCGGUACUCGUCCACUUGGAUUCCAAAGUCAAUCUUUAUAAUGUCCUGAUGCAGUUGAAUCACAAAACUGUAUUGCCACAUCCAUCUCAGGUGUUCUAUGCAUACUCGUUUGGCAAGGAUUAUCAAUACAUCUUUGAUUUGGUCGAGGAGAUGCAAGGAUACACCUACUACUUGAUUGGUAUUCCCGAUGAGAAGGACAAGUUGAUCAACUGGCUAUCCGAUCACUACAGCAAUGGCAACAAAGAUUUGGCUAGAUUCUAUAUCAUUUCAACCAAGAGUUCUACUAUGGCAACCGAUUUAUUCUCUUUCCUACCGAUUCACAACGAUCCAUUCGAUACCAACUGGACCAACUUCAAGGCACUCUGGGAGAAACGUAAAGCCACCAGUGGCAUCGAAUCGCUUGAUCUUGUAAAAGGAAACAGUGGUACUGGUAAAUCAUUCUUUAUCAAAUCGAAAUGGGACAAUACCAACAACCCGAUCACCGUUCACAUGAGACCAAGCUCCGAUAUCAAAUCUCUAAUUGACCAUCUCAAGAAACACAACACACCUUCCAACACCAAAAAGAAGGUGUUGAUUCAUUUCUCUAUUUCACCGUACUGUGACUUUGACAAUUUCAAUCAUUUCUUCUAUCCUCUCAUUACCUCUGGAUAUGUAUUCGGUCAUCGUGUCGGUGAGAUUCUCAAUGUAUCUGACUACCUCCAACUUCAGAUCUAUGUUGAAAUUGGAUCGCCCAAGAAGAGUGAUACCAAUGUUCUGCCAUACAAUGAGUAUCUCAAUAACUCAAUUCCAAUCGUUGUCAACCUGGCCAAACACUUGGAUCACACCAACAACCUAUGGAGAACGACAGCCACCGAACUCAAAUGUUUCUCAUACACCAAGUUCACCGAUAUUACCAAGCCACCAACCAAUGCGAAUGGCGCUGAUGUUGUGAUGAAUCAAUAUCUUCCAAACAUUGUCAAAAUGUUAAGAGACAAAUUCAAUUACGAUUCACAAUAUCUGUUGAAUCCUAGCUUGUUGAUUCAGAGAAAUACUUUCCUCAAGUUGUUGGAGGAAAGACUACAGUUCCUCGACAAUUACUGUAUUAACUAUAUGAACACCGAAGCUGAUUAUAUCCAAAUGAAAGCACUUGGUAUAAAUCCCAAGAAUCCAAUGAAGCUACUUUCUCCAUUUGAAUUGCUGCCACAUUUCAUUUUGGAAUCUGCAAAGUUAGCGGAUCCAGUUCUCUCUUCGGUUCACAACUUUUGGAAGAAUCCUCCAAUGAUCACAGUCAGACAAGCCAGUUUGAUGACAGCUGACAAUGAAACCAAAGUCAAUGCAAUCAUUGAUUAUCUGGAUUUCACAGAGAAUCCUCAAUUGAUCAAUAUUGUCGAUACAGUCUACACAAAGACUGGUGAAGAGUCCCAUUUCAGAUCUAUGAUUGGUGCAGCUUUUGAUAUUAUCUCACGUACCGAUAUCAUUGUCAAUCUCUGCCAUAUGUACAACUAUGUUUUGACUCCAGAUUUUGGUCUGAGACUUCUCAUGUUGCACAACAAGGUAAAGAAUCAACGAUCUUUGGUACUCUCUGGUGACACUGGUGUUGGAAAAACAUUUAUUCUCUUGUUCUACUCACUUCUCAUCAACGCCAAGAACAAUUCACUGCCAGAUAUCUUUUUGGAUUUGAUUAAUUGUAUCAAUCUUAUUAUCAAAGACAACGAGCCAUUCAAACUCCAAGGAUUCAAACAUGUCUACAUAAAGGAUAAUCAAGUUCAUACAGAUGAAGCCAAGAUUCUACCCGGUAACAUCAGUAAAGAGGAUAUCAUCAAUUGUUUGAAGCAAUUGUGUGACUAUGAACCACCUGCUGAGCCGGAACCCCAGCCAACUACACCGGCCAAGAAACCGGCGGCUGCAGCAGUGCCAGGGGAACCAAAGCCCAAUCUUUGUAAGACCAACAAAGAGAUGCAGGAUCUUGUGUUCAACAAGAUGCAGGCUUUCAUCACCAAUAUGCUCAAGUCCUAUCCACUGAUCAAUGUCGUUCCAGACAGUCUGUUGGACAGAAUCAACAAGGGUGAGAAGGUAAUCCAAGGAAAAGCAUCAUUGUUUGAAUCGAUCUUGGAGAUUUGUACAGCCACUUUCAAGAAUCUCUUCCACCGUAUCAUUAUGCACCAAAAGUACACCUCCAAGCAAUUGAAACAGGAUGUACUAAACUUUGCCAGCAAGGCAGAAGGACUCAGAAAGAUCGAUAAGAAUCUAAAGAUGGUUGUCUUUAUCGAUGAGUUCAAUACUAGUCCAACCGAUACACUCUCGCUCAUCAAUGAAAUCUUUAUCGAUGGAACGGUCGACGGUGAGAAUAUCAUUCCCGACAACAUCUUCUGGGUCGGUGCAAUGAAUCCAGUCAAGAUCUCGGCGAAUGCAGUCGAUAACACUGGUACUUCGCAGAGUAAUCAUGCAUUCGUUGUCAAACACCCGCCACCCUCAAUGGAGCAACUCUUUUUGAACUACGGUGAAUUCACGCUCGAGAAUGAAAUCCCAUUCCUCGAAACACUCUUCCAACUGCGUAACAAUAUCUGUCUGGACAACGAUGCGUCGGAACUGAUGGACUUUAUCAUUGCCGGUCAAAAGACAAUGAGAGAACUCGAGCAGAGUAGAAUCCACGUAUCGAUUCGUGAUAUCACCAGAGCCAUCGAUAUGUAUCAAUUCUUUAACAAUUCCGAAGUUGGAAUCAGUAUGUUGUCAUGUACUUUCGCCAACUUGAAGCAGAACCCAUUGAUCUUGCAUUGGUUUGCCAUCUGUGCAUCGAUGGGUAUGACCUACUACAUUAGAACUGAGCCUGGAAAGUUUAGAUUCCGUUUGAUCGAAAAGUUCAAUGCUCACUACAAAAAGAAUGCACCCCAUGAUUUGAAGAGUGAUUUCGCUGACUUUGAAUCAAUAUUCAAAGCAAUCUAUAGUAAUUUCUGCCAUAGAGAUUUCAUGAUCAUCCCAGAGGGUAUCGCUCUCACAGAAUCACUCAAACUCAACAUCUUCUGUAUUACGGUAUCGAUUAACUCGCGUCAACCAAUCUGUAUAGUCGGUCCUCCAGGUUGUUCAAAGACUCUCAGUUUCAGUAUUGUCAUGAACAACAUGAACUCCAAGAAACACAAGAUUACAAACAACCAAAACCAAUCCCCAUGGGCAGCGAUGCCAAGUGCAGAUCCAUUCCGUUAUCAGAGUACUCCACAUACCACCGAUGUCGAAAUCAAGUCAGUGUUUGAAGGUUCGCUCAAGCGUCAGAAGAUCUACGACAAAUCCGGUGGUAAGAGUCGUUGUGUUGUAUUCAUUGAUGAAGCAGGUUUGGUCAAUGAAAACGAUUCGCCAAUGAAGGUGAUGCACGACUAUCUCGAUAAGGUAUCGCAAAAGAUGGAUAAGAACUCUGUUGAUAUCUCUGUUAUCAUCUUGUCCAACAAGGUUUUGGAUGCUGCCAAGACCAAUCGUAUGUUACUCUUGAUCCACCCAAGUAACAUCACAGAGAAAGACGAGCGAGCAUUGGUUGAAGGUGUUCUCUACAACAAUAACUAUCUCAACGAGAAUCAAUCAAAGAUUUGCACUGCACUCUGUAAGUCCUACAGCAAAGCCAAUCGAUUUACGGUGUCUACCAAACCAAGUCUUUUCCAUCAACGUGAUUUCGUGUAUUUCCUCAGACAUCUGGCACGUGGUAUCAAGAGCAACAACGAUACUCUCAGUGCCGAGGUACUCUUGAAGUCUAUCGAGAGAAACUUUGGUGGUAUUCCUGCCAAGGAUUUCAAACAGUUGGCAGGAUCGUUCUUUGAGGAGUUUGAAGCUCAUAAAGAACUAAAGAUAUCACGUGGUAAUCUAUUGGAUCAGGAUAAUACUAUUCAACGUAUUAAGGAGUCGCUUUUGGAGACUUUGGAUACCAAGCAAGAUCCAAAUACAGUUCCAUUCCGUUACAUGAUGAUUAUUGAUCCCACUGAAAAUGAAUCGUCAUUGAUGAUCCUCAAGGAGCUUGGAAUAGAUCCAACAGUGAUUAGGGUUGGUGGAUUCGAACGUGAUACCACAACAGAAGCACUCGUCAAUGUGGUAUCGCAAAUCAAAUCAAAGAUGGCAUCGGGUGGAACCGUUGUCCUUGUUAACACUCAUCAAAUCGAUGCUUGUUUCUACGAUGUUUUCAAUAGAUAUUUCACUUUGUUGCCAAAACCCGAUGGUUCUAUGCAGUUCAUUGCUAACGUAUCGUUUGGAACUCAUUCUAUUUUCUGUCCAGUGCAUCCAGAGUUCAAGAUCAUCGUUCAUCUCCCACUCUCUCAGAUGCCACAGACUCAACUUCCAUGGUUGAAUCGUUUCGAAAAGUAUCAACUCUCCAUUGAAACAAUGUUGGACUACUACAUCAAAGAGAAUCAUCCAAAGAAUAUGGCUCUGUUCAACUCACUCAAAGCCUCUGCCAAGCAUUUUGUCGAUGAAUUCCACAACAAGAUCACCAACAAAUCGUUGUUAUCUGGAUUUUCAGAGUCUGAGACUAUCCCAUCGUUGAUCUAUUCGUUUGCAAAGGAAAGUCAAAAUGGAAUUCUUAAGAUCAAUCCACACCGUGUUCCAAGUAAAGACCAUCCAGUUCCAGAGGAAACCAGUGAGUUCCGUCAAUUCAACUGGAAGUUAUUACAAAUUGCUCGUCCAGAGAGUAUCUUUAACUGCAAGUCUCUUCCACAAUCGUAUAUCGAGGAGUACCUACUCAGACAAGAGCAUUUCAAUAUCUUGCGUUUCCUCGAUCAUAUCUUCAAGCAAAAGUUCAUUCACAAGGAUGAAACCAUUUCAAACAAAUGGACUUUCUUUACAAGAACCUCUCUUACAUUACAUCGUUUGAAGGAUUCCGAACAGAUGGAUAAAUUCCACAAGACCUUCUUGGAACUUUUAACAAAGGAUCCAAAUCAAAAGAAUAUUCUCAAGAUUGUUCAACUUGGAUCGUUUAAAUCCAGUUUUGAAUGCGAGACAACUUUGGACAAGUUUAUUAAAUCUGACGAUCUCAAGAUUUGCAUUGUCAUUGCCGAUAUGUCGCAAGUGAACCAACACCAAAUCAAUUUCAUCAUCAACAAAUUCAGUGAGCACAACAACUCGAAACUCCUGAUCACCAUUUGCCAUUAUCCACCAGAGUUUUCACUGUCCAACCAGACAAAACUCAACUCUAUCUUUUUGAAUGGAAUGGAGUAUUUCUAUGUUGAUUCUCUCGGACUUCAAAUUGAUUCUCAACACAUGGAGAAAUCCGACAAUUACAUUGACUCUGACAUUAGAACGUGGAUCGCCAAGGCAUACGGUUUGAAGAAUAUCCAUAUCGAUCCAAUCUCAUUGGAAUCUACUUUCGAAAAGAUGUUCUUCUCACAACUUGCUGAGGUUUCGCAGACCAUGAAUAGCUUCACCGGCCCCUAUUUAAUGUUGUUGCCACCAGACCAAAGAGAAUUCUAUACGAGAACCGAAAGGAGACAGGCUCUUAUCGCUAAGCUCUUUACUGACCACACCACCUGGUAUCAAGAGACCGUUAGAAAGUUCUCUCAGAAUUGGAAUCAACAGAAGCAAUUCAAUCAGAUUCUCUCGAACAUCUCCAACUUGGUACUCUCUGGAAAAUAUGUAUAUUCAUUCAUUGAUUCCAUUAGAAACUCAAUGACCUCCUAUGUCUAUCCAAUCGUUGCUCAAAUCUUCAAGAUCCUAACCAACUAUCAAUCGUAUGGACAAGUAGCCAAGAUUCCAAGAUCCGAUGGCACCGCAAUAGAACCACUCGAAGAGAUGGUCAGACUCUACAUCCAGAGUGUCAAAGUUCCAAAGUUGUCAGAGAGAGUUGAGGUCAGAUUUGAACCAGUCACAUUGGUCUCACCCGCAGUCAAAAAGAAUUCAAUGCUUCCACUCUUUGAUUCCGUCUCCAAUCAAAUCAAGAUUCUUUUCGACUUUACACUCAACAAGAAUCCAAAUCGUGGAAUCGAUCAUAUCCAACAGAAAUUCAGUGAAGUAAUUGCUUCGCAUCCAAUUCAUUUGGUGGUGAACUAUAUCAACCAAAAUGACAAUUUGUUCUCUGCUUACUUCACGGAUUUCAUCACUCGUACUAUGAAUUUGAUUGAUGAACGUUGGGUUCCUUUCAUUGGUUUGGUUAUCAGAAGUCUUUCGAAACAACGUCUAGAUUCAAUCCUUCAUUUGACGGUUGCCAAUCAUUUCUACUCCAACACAAUCAACUAUAUCAAGAAUCUAGUCGCUCCUCUGCUCAACCUGGAAUGUGACGAAAACAUUCUCCAAUUGCUAAAGGAUCGUGAGAAAGAGAUUGUCACUGAAAAGCAGGCAAAGUCAACCGUUUCCUUUAUUGCAAUUAGUAUUCUUGCCAAGCAUAUCCGUGAGACCGAUGUGAAUGAUGCCGAUCUCCAAUCGAGAACUACCAAUUGGUGCACUGUUGUACGUGAAAUUCUCAAUAGAAUUCCGAUUGAAAAGAUCGUCCAGAUUCGUUCCAACAAGGUAGAAUACUAUUCAUCGGUUUGCUAUAUCUAUUUGAUGUUCAAUAUUGCCAUUGACAUUGCAAUGAAACCAGAUGAUACGGUAGAACCACUGUUGAAGCAACUCUACACUGUCUGUGGCAAAGUAAAAUAUGAUGCCGCUGACUGUUUCGAUGUGAUAGCCAGACAAUUCCAUCUCCUCAGUGAAUCACUCACCAACCAGAAACUUCCGUUGAUUAAUACCUCGUGCUUCCUCGAUAUCAUUGAACCAUUCGUUCAUUUCAAUAUCGCCAAUUUGGGUAAAUUCAUAUUGAUAUGCAAUCAUGAUCCCAAGUUUGACUACCCCUUCAUCAAGAAUCUUCCAAUUGGUUGGUUCACAUUCUUUAUCUCCAACAAAUUUGCCAUCUAUAACAAGGAUUAUAUUAAAUUCACCUCUGACUAUCUCAAGGAACUCAAGAUAACCACAGUAAGUAAUCCUAUUCUAAGUGGAGCUCUCUCGUCUGCUGCCUCUCCAACCGACAAUAUACUUUCGUUUAUCGGUGUCACCAGAGAUCAAUUCAAUACACAAUUCAAAAAGAAUUGUAACUUGAUUACUAUCAUGUACUAUGUAUUCUUGGAUCUACUGAAACAAGAGCAGCACCCAACCAACGAUCUCAUUGUCCAAUACAAUAAGUUACUGGUAGUUGGUGAUAUAGUCCCAAAGAUUAAGCAGUGGGCAUAUAUCACAUGUCUGUUGGAUAAGUUGAUUACCAUGCUCAAUACUUCCGACAAUAUUCACGAUGACCUUGUCAAUACACACAAGACUCUCAAGGAUGUCAUUUUCUCACUGCUCAAAGUUAAUGAUGCCGACACUAUCGAAGUAAAGACCAACAAGAGAAUGAGUCAGAUCUAUAUUCUUUUCAAUAUCAAAUCAUACCAAAAGCUUUCGGAUAUCAUGAAAUCGCAAGAAAUUCUAUCGGCAAUUGGAAUGGAUGAUAAUUGUCACAUUAAACAAGAGCUCACUGUGAAAGAAUCAACCAUUUUUUCAUUCGUUAUAGAUGCCUCUACCAAGGAUGGCGCCACCUACAAAGAGCUCAAGACUGCACUGGAUGACUCUUCCAAUGACUUGCUCAAUGCUUUGUUGGCCAAAGAUACAACUCCAAGACAAUCUGGAUUCAUUAGGAUGUCUUUGAUUCUUAUUGCCUACCAAUACUAUAUCGAAGCUAAACCAAUGAACUUCAUUAGAGACAUCUCUCGCGCAGGAACUGCAUUGUCUAGACAAAUUGGAUUGGAUCCAUAUCGUCCAUAUCUAGACAAGAUCAUUCUGGGUGCUUUCGAUCCUAAAACUAGAUUUGGUGAAACACUUAUGAGAGAUGCAAACAAGACACAUGAAUCACAUUCAAAGGCUCAACUUCUUAUCAAUCUUUUGGCUAUUUCCGUUGGAUCUUCCAAUAACAAUUACUUGUAUCAUCUAACCAAUGACUACAAGCAGGUGAUCGGUAGAUAUUUCCCAGCAUCCGACAAUUACACUCUCAUUGACUGUGGAUUGAGAUACUUUGACAAUGGUGAUUUCAAAAUGGUGACUUCAUGUAUGGAAGGCGACAUUGUCAACAAAUAUAUGAUUACAACUACCUCAUGGGGUGCUGUAGCAUGGACCACCAGUAUAACUGAUCAAACCGGUCUCGUUUACUUCACAGACCCACAUAUCCACUUUGCAAACUAUGUAAAUCCAAAAACAAUCAGUGCUCUUACAGACUAUGUGUCAGAUCGUUCAUUGACCACAUUCAAUGAGUUUAGCAACGCUGAUCAUGGAACACUCAAGGUGGAACCUGGACAUUUCGUUUCAGAGUUUAUCUAUGCACUCUGGGAUGAAGGUUACUCCAAUCCACAGCCAGCAAUGAGAGGCAAAUUCGAUACCAAGGAUCAAGUCAUCGCCUAUGAAAAGUAUCUUACUGAACUGAUUAAUAAGAUAAAGGCUAAUUAUAAUCAGAUUUUACUCAAGCGAUUCAAGACCAUUCUCGACCAAUCUCCAAUACUCCGUCAAGUCAAGAAGGUUAGAGAUGAUUUGGCUACUACCUUUAUAUCGCCAAUCAUUGAGUACAAGAAUGUUCAUGAACUCAUUUCUUCAGACAAUCAACUGCUCACAUUCUUCUAUAACAAUCUUUCGAUGAUUUGCGUAUCAUUGCAUUUUAAUGACCUUGUUAAAUUCAUCCAUAUGUUUUUCAAGUACUUCACCAGAAGACUUCCAAAGGAGUACGAGAAUCUCACAGUUCCCGACUGUAUCAAGUACCUGGAAGAUAAUAAAUUGGAAACCGACGAGGAUAUAUCUACUGUAAAGACUGUUUGGAACAGUGCAAAAGAGGCUUGGAACAAAAUCUUGGAGCAUAUGAAAUCACUGGAGGGUGGAUGUGCAGCAAGACCCGAUUUCGAAAAACAAAUCAGCAACAUCGAUGAUAACAUCUUGUUAUCUGGAAUACUUAGUAGCAGUGAACUUCAAAACGAUGGAUUGAUCAUUAACCUCAUCAACAAUUGGAUGGAUAAUACACAAGCAAAGGCAAUCAAUCUAAGAUCACAAGUUAGAAUGACACCAAUGUAUAGUGAAAUCAUAGAAGGUGUAAACCAAGGCAUUAAACAAGAUUUCGGUGAUAUCAACUUUGAAAUUGGCCACGAGAAUUUCUUCUUGAUAGGUACCACAUUUACUGUCAAAGACUUCCAAAACUUCAUGGUCAAGUCUGUCCUCCAAUACCAGAGCUUUGAUCGUUCACAAUUCAAACCGAAUAUCUCUGACAUUGAAAGAAAGCUCGUUUCUCAAUUUGUUUCUGGAAAGAUCACUGGAGGCAAACAAUUGGCUCAGUAUGCCGUUGAUUUCCCAUAUCUCAACAGCGAAGCUCCAAAUCCAGGUCUCGCCAAUCAACAGGAAAACAAUAACAACAAUAUAUUCUCCAAGACCAACUUGAUUCCAGAGUCAAUCAAGGAGUUGAUUGAAGUUAACAAAAAGUUGGAUGAUGUAUUCAAUGAAUCAUCUAAUAUUGAACCUCAAUUCAAUCGUCUAUGUUUCAAAUUCCAAGCGGAGGAACUUGAAGUUCUCUGUAGAUAUCUCAUGUCGUUGACACUUCGUAUCAACCAAAACUACACCAAGGGAGUAACCAAAAUUGAGAUGUCCCAUUCAAUCAUUGACAUUGGUGAGGAACUUCUUUUGAAAGCAACCAUUCCCGAUUCGAUUAAAUCGCUCUUCCAGAAGGCAAAUAUCUCCAGCCUCAAGUUCUUCAAUCAAAGAUUCAUCAAUGUGUACCUCAGCUUUGGAUAUCUCUACUCGAACUGUAUCGAAGAACCAUGCAAGUACGAAGCCACUUUUAUUGAAUUCUUUGACAACAUGCGAAACAAUCUACUCUCUGAGGCGAAGGAAUCGAAUAGCUACCUCAAAUCGAUUGAAUACCUCCAUGAAAUCAUUGAAAGAUUGUCAUCUACCAAAUCACAGGAAGCUCUCAAGACUCCAAACAUUGAUACCCCGCUCAUCCAUCACUUUAAGACAUUCCUCCAAGAUCUCAUUCACCCGAUCGUAUCGACAAUCUAUCCAACUAUCCAAUCGAUGGUUUUAGAUAAGAUUCCAAUUACCUACUACCCCUACUUUAUGCGUACCAUUCACGAUGUUCUCUCGAAUCUCAAGAUCAUCCACAAAGAGAGUAACUCCAAUGCCGGCGAGUACAGAGAGUAUCACAGACUUGACGAUGCUCCAAAGCCACAAGAAGAGACUCCAAGAGAAACAGAACCAACUCCUGAAGAGGAAGAGGAAGAGGAGGUACCAGUAGAUGAUGAAGAUGAUACCUAUGGUGCAAACAACAAGAAUGCAAAUGAAGACUUUGGUGACCAACAACAACAACAAAACGAUUUUGUUGAUGAUGACAAUAACAACACCCAGAAGGAGAGAUUCAAUCGUCCAAUUAAACCUGUUGCCAAAUGCUCCUACUUCCACACCAUUUUGAAUUGGAUCAGAUUCAAACAAGAGAAUACCAAGAUUUCGCAAAUCAAGGAUGAAGAUCUCAUCAUCCAGAGAUUCAAGAAAGACUAUGGUGUUGCUAAAGUUAGUAAGGAUGUCAUCGUGUGUCACAAACAAGUCGUCGAGUACUCAUCAAAAGUUCACCAAUGA